AUGAAUGCAUUGAUAAAUAUACUCAAGAAGAAGAUUGGACAGGCCAAACGAGGUAAGGAACAGAUCAAGUAUCUUCUUGUGCUUGAUGAUGUAUGGAGUGUUGAAAAAUGGGAUGAACUGAAGAAUCAUCUUAUGGGAAUCAAUAAAAAUGGUGGGAAUGGAGUUAUUGUAACAACACGGAGUAAUAGUGGGAGUAGUGGUUAUAACAGUGAGGAAGUGAUGGAAGGUCUCAAAACCCACACAAAUUUGCAAAGCUUAGCUGUUAGCAAUUAUCAAGGUGAAAGCUUUCCCUCAUGGAUGUUAAAACCUGUUGGUGAUUCUAAUACUGGUUUGUUUUUGCUUAACAUUUUAAUAGAGCUAAAGUUUUCCUAA